CCUCUCUGCGAGAUUUUUCGGGUGCGCGGGUUAUGAGGACACAUGCAGGACCCAUUUUUUGCGACGACGAAAAAGCGAAAGCGGACGGCAAGCACGGGAAAUGCGACCAGAAAGAUAGCACGGAAAGAAAAGCAUGUCAAAGUUGCCAAGGUAAACGGUAUGCGUCCUACAAAGUCAGGGAAACAGAAGAGGGUCGAGGAUGAGGAAUUGGAAUCGGACAGGACGGACGAGGAUGGCAUUGACAUCGGCGAUCUCGACUUACGUGCGGAAGACAUACCAGUGACCAGUGGGGACGAGGACGUAGACGAGACACCCGCCGAGAAACGACUGCGACUCGCAAAACUUUACUUGGACAACGUCAAGGAAGGUCUCGCUGAAGGGGAUUAUGACGCGGCUGAAAUCGACAAGGAACUGAUCUCUGCUCGACUUCGUCAAGACGUCUUGGACCAUUCCGGGAAGGUCCAUCUGUUCAUAGCAGACUCAUAUGACUUCACUGCUCCAACUUCCAAGCUACGGUGCAAAGGUCAUCGUUUCUCCGUGACGUCUGCUACAGCAACCGAGGAUCUCAGGUGGUUGUUCACCUCGGGGAAGGAAGGCCAUAUUAACAAAUGGGACCUCAAAACUAGCGCUAAAGUCGCUACUUUUUACAAACAACGACUUGACGCGAAGGGUAAGGGAAAGGAAAAAGCUAGUCCUCUGGAUCUCGAGGGACACUCGGACGAGGUUUUGGCAUUGGCCGUGUCGAGCGAUGGUCAAUACCUCGCGAGCGCUGGAAAGGAUAGGAAAAUAUGUAUAUGGGAUCCCGCCAAGGAUCAAUGGGUUAAAAACUUUGGCGGUCACAAAGACUUGAUUUCUGAUCUCGCUUUUCGGAAGAACACGAAACAUCUCUAUUCAGCCUCUUUCGACCGUACCGUGAAGCUUUACGAUCUAUCCGUCAUGGGAUACGUCGAAACCCUAUUUGGUCACCAGGAUACCAUCGUAUCGCUGGAUUCUCUUCGGGGAGAGACGGCCGUAACAGCGGGUGCACGAGAUAGAACAAUCCGAUAUUGGAAAAUACCCGAAGAGAGCCAACUCGUGUUCCGUGGCGGCGGGAAAAGUGCCAUCAGAGAGCUGCUCGAAGGGGGGGCGUUUGAGGGGCACGAAGAUGAGGGAGAAGCGGGCCAGCAAACCAAGUCAAAAACAGGUUCUGACCCUCAAAAGCGAUUCGUCGAGGGGAGCAUCGAAUGUGUCGCACUGAUAGACGAAACCAAUUUCAUAAGCGGGGGCGAUACUGGAUCGAUAUGUUUAUGGAACACGGGAAAAAAGAAACCAAUAUUCACUCAAGCAAUAUGCCAUGGCUUUCACGAAGUCGAGUCUGCCACCGAGGGUAUCGUGCGGACGCCGCGUUGGAUAACAUCGAUAGCAUGCCUUCGAUACUCGGACAUAUUUGUAUCAGGAUCUUGGGAAGGCCAGAUCCGGAUAUGGAAGCUUGACUCCAAGCUUAGAUCAUUCUCCCUUGUUGGUGCUGUUGAAGUGCUGGGGGUAGUGAACUCUUUACAGCUACUCUCAGUUCCGAAGGGUGGGCUUGGCGGCACAACUUGGGCAAAAAAAUCGCAAAUCUCAACAGAUAAGACAAUGAAAAUAACAGGCGUCGAGUCGAUAUUAUUGGUGGCAGGAAUAGGCCAAGAGCAUCGACUAGGGCGAUGGUUACGUGUGAAAGAGGGUGUGUCGAAUUCGACGGUCGUGAUGGUGUUCUCUCCGCGGACUCCAUAGUACGUCAUCGUGUAUUCGGGCGACUAUACAGCUUGCGGCUUUCUAGCACUCAUAGAAGUCCUCUCACGGAAACAACACCCACCUCAGGACUCUAAGUGUAGAAUCAUUCAACUUGGUACGUUUACCCAUCUGGGUAUCUACGCUCACGAAUCAGAUGCAUUGAAACAUGCAACAUGCCCACGCCGAAUCGAAUCAUAUCCCCCAUGUACAUCUCGUAAAUGGCC